AGUCAUGUGACCUAGGCGUGAAAGAAAAGAAAACAGGAAACUGAACAGAACCUUGAAACGCAGCGGCUUGUUGUAUUAAGAACAAAGCGACAUGGGUUUAUUGAUAAAAUGUACAUUUCUAACAUCAUGCCUAUUUGGAUGGUCACUUACACUAGUAAAGUGCUCCGUUUACCCGCCGGAGGUGCGUGGCAAUGGCGCACUAAAUGCUCAUUCUCCGCCGCUCGACUCUGAGUCACCUGCUUUCUACUCUCUCAGUCUCUCAUCUACCUUUCCAGAUGACUUGGAGGUUAAGGAGCAUUGCAUUGAAAUGCUUCACAUUUUUGGUCAACGCUACGUGGCGUACGCGAACUGUUUAGUGUCGUAUGCGCGACCUGUCAAAAUCUGUCAGAACUGUCACACUAGUUUCAACAGUCUGGUGGAAAUGUAUACAAAUAUAUCAUCUGAUCAGCUGGGCCCUGGAAAUGUCAGUUGCCAUGACAGCCUGAUGCGUUCUGAUAGACUGAUGCUGCUCUAUACUCUCUUCAGCAAAUUAGAUGAGAUCUGGACAAUAGCGGGAUGUAAGCAAUGUCUAAGUGAAAAUCAAGACACUUUGUCCAACGACACUCUUUACUUUAUGGCCUCUCUUAAUUUGUCACUUACAUGCUUUGAGAAAUUUCAGGGGAAUCACUCUGGACUGUGUAAAGACUGCAAAGUGUCAUACAAAAGCUUGAAUGAGCUCUAUGGCAAAAUGGAGGAAAACCAAACACUCUGCAUCGAUAUAGAAGAUUCAAUGAACAUGACAAGACGGUUGUGGAGUAAAACCUUCGGUUGCUCGUUACCUCGAGAAGAGAUUGUUCCUGUCAUCGCGGUGUCCUGCUUCAUGCUCUUCCUUCCAAUCAUCUUCUACCUAAGCAGUUUCCUGCAUUCAGAACAGAAGAAACGCAAGCUUAUACACCCUAACAGAGCCAAGUCCAGCAGCAGCCUAAUGAAUAUCCAGGACAAAUUCAGCUGAGUAGAGAAGAGGCGGCUGGGGUGAAUAGGCACUGAAUCACUCACCUCUCUAAUCAACUCUUUCACUGAACUAAAAGUAUAGGUGGGUGGGGUUCACUCCGAGCACAUCCUGGAUUAAAGAUUUGAUGGCGGUGUCCAGAUGCUGUCAUAAUGUUCAAUUAUAUAAUUUAAGCAGGAUUGCACUAUGAAUUUGAAGACACCUGUAACAGGUUUAUUGUCCUUGACCUGUUAUAAAAGAGGUCAUUCUACUGUCAUUGAUGAUCGGAAGUAAUUUCAAUACUAUGAAGGAUGUUGGAUGAUAUUAUUAUUGUAUGUACAGUUUGAAAGAACAAGAGCCCGCAAAACUGCCUUUUUUCACAAAGAGAGAGUGUUACAUUUUGUAUGCUUUAUUUUGCUAGGUAAUACUGGUUUUGCACAUGCAUGGAAGCACUCCAUAUGCAUUAGAGAAAGAUCAUUUAACAAACAUUUAAUAGUUAAGGUCAAAAAUGUAUGCUAUAAGUGAAGAAAUAAGGACGAAAUGUAGUCUUCCCUCUACCUCUUGACUCAUCAUGUGCUUAGACAUUGUCAUUCAGUUACUGUUUAAAUAUCACAGGAGACCAAUUAUUCUGAGCAAGUAAAACAGAGAAUACGAAAGGGCAUGAAUGAAUCUUUUAUUUGCUUGUUACACAUGUUGCCUUUUCCUGAGAGUAUUAUAUAAAGUGUUGUUUCAACCAUUAGGUUGUAUUUGUUAAGAGUAAAUGCAUAAACUAACAUGAACUAACAAUUAGCAAUACUUCUAUAGCAUUAAUUAAUCUGGCUUCAUGUUAAUUUCAACGUUUACUAAGACAUUUUCAAAAAAAAAGGCUGUACUUGUUAAAAUUAGUUUAUGCACAUGAACGAACAUUGAAGUUAAUACAAGGAUUAAUACAUGCUGAAAACUCUGUUGCUCAUUGUUAGUUCAUGUUUGUUAAUUCAUUUACUAAUGUUAACAAAUAAAACCUAAUUGUAAAGUGUUACCCAUUUAUUUAUAUGAUCUGUUUAGUAACAACACCUUUUUGCCAACUGUAAUUGCGAAAAUCCAUUCAAUAGCUUCCGCAUACCCGCUAUUAAAAUGUUAAUUGUGCUUAACUCCUUAAGCCUUUCCAUGGUACAAUUGAGAGAUUCGUUGUUUACGUGGACUUUCCUUGGAUUGCAAAGCACCUGCUUUCCCCGUCAUUAGCAGCUUAUCUAAAUGUAGGAUAAAGUUACUUGGCUGAAUAAUCGCAAGAACACAUUUGUUUAAGCUGCGUUGGCUUUUUAGUUUUAGGACGCUGAUCCAUUGGCAUCACAUUGUGCGUUAAGCGCAUUUUGCUUGAUUUGUUCAAUCAUAUGAUUGUACAGGAAGAUUUGGGGAAAAAUAGGCUUUUCAGAGGCUGCUCAGGACUGCAAUGUCUUAACAAGAAUGACAGCUUUCAACCAUGCAUGCAAAUACAGAUCUUUUAAACCUUGGUGAAAGUCAUCCACUGGCAAAUCUAGUGGCAUAUUUUUUUUUGGCCACAUGUUAGUAGAACUGACGUAAAGGCUGAAAAAAGGCAUAUGACCCGAGGGUUGCUUUCCCUGACAAGAACCCUAGAGAGGAUGAAGGAAAAGCUGGUGGGGAAUAUGAGAUUAUCCCUCAUCACGUUUUGCCCCGGCAAGAAUCAGUGCAGUGACUUUGGACCUUGAGCAAUGAACAUGUUAUGAAAUAUCCCUGAUCCUGAUACUCAGCGGGGACUUAGAAUUCCACCAAACCAAUGUGUUUAAAAGAGUACAUUUUGUUGCCAUUGGGAUUUUGGAUGAAGUGCCAUUCAUGAAAUUAGAAUUGUGUUUGUGGUUGCUUUUUUGCUUAAAAAAAAAAAUUGUAGCCUGUACUAACCAAAUCGCUGAUUGUUUUUUUAAGCCUUUCGAAAGGAUGUGAUUUUAUUACAACUAAACUAAGCUUUAAAAGAAAUUGA